AUGGCCAAGCUCUGGUUCAAAUUCCAGCGGUACUUCCGCAGGAAACCUGUACGUUUCUUUACCUUCCUGGUGCUCUACCUGACAGCUGGGAGCCUCGUCUUCCUUCACUCUGGUUUUGUGGGUCAGCCUGCUGUCUCCCAGAACCAGGCCAACCCCGCUGCGGGGGCCCCAGCGGAGGGCGCUGAGCUGCCCUUUUUGGGUGACUUAAAUCUGGGCAGAGCCUUCCGGGAUACAGGUGAAACCUCGAGCAUCGCCCGCAGGUAUGGACCCUGGUUCAAGGGCAAGGACGGAAAUGAGAGAGCCAAGCUGGGGGACUACGGGGGAGCCUGGAGCCGGGCCCUCAAGGGGAGGGGCAUCCGGGAGAAGGAGGAGGAGCGAGCUAAGUACAUCGGCUGCUACCUGGAUGACACCCAGAGCCGGGCCCUUCGAGGCGUGUCCUUUUUCGACUACAAAAAGAUGACCAUCUUCCGUUGCCAGGACAACUGUGCAGAACGGGGUUACCUGUAUGCUGGGCUGGAGUUCGGCGCUGAGUGCUACUGUGGCCACAAGAUCCAGGCGACAAACGUGAGCGAGGCGGAGUGUGACAUGGACUGCAAGGGCGAGCGGGGCAGCGUGUGCGGUGGCGCCAACCGCCUCUCCGUCUACCGGCUGCAGCUGGCCCAGGAGUCAGCCCGCAGGUAUGGAAGUGCAGUCUUCCGAGGCUGCUUCCGCAGGCCCGACAACCUCUCCCUGGCCUUGCCCGUGACGGCUGCCAUGCCCAACAUGUCUGUGGACAAGUGUGUGGACCUUUGCACAGAGAAGGAGUACCCACUGGCAGCCCUUGCGGGCACCGCCUGCCACUGUGGCUUCCCCACUACGCGAUUUCCCCUCCAUGAGAGAGAGGACGAACAGCUCUGUGCCCAGAAGUGCAGCGCGGAGGAGUUUGAGAGCUGCGGGACACCCAGUUACUUCAUUGUGUAUCAGACGCAGGUCCAAGACAACCGCUGCAUGGACAGAAGGUUCCUCCCAGCCAAGUCCAAGCAGCUCAUCGCUCUGGCCAGCUUCCCAGGUGCCGGCAACACGUGGGCUCGCCACCUCAUCGAGCUGGCCACCGGCUUCUACACCGGCAGCUACUACUUCGACGGUUCUCUCUACAACAAAGGGUUUAAAGGUGAGCGGGACCACUGGCGCAGCGGGAGGACCAUCUGCAUCAAGACUCACGAGAGUGGCCAGAAGGAGAUCGAGGCCUUUGACGCGGCCAUCCUGCUCAUCCGCAACCCCUACAAGGCCCUCAUGGCGGAGUUCAACCGCAAGUAUGGCGGACACAUCGGCUUUGCUGCCCAUGCCCACUGGAAGGGCAAAGAGUGGCCGGAGUUCGUAAGGAACUACGCCCCGUGGUGGGCCACGCACACGCUGGACUGGCUCAAGUUCGGCAAGAAGGUGCUGGUGGUACACUUUGAGGAUCUGAAGCAGGACCUCUUCGUCCAGCUGGGCCGGAUGGUCGGCCUGCUGGGUGUGGCUGUCAGGGAGGACCGACUGCUGUGUGUGGAGAGCCAGAAGGACGGCAACUUCAAGCGCUCGGGGCUCCGGAAGCUGGAGUACGACCCCUACACGGCGGACAUGCAGAAGACCAUCUCUGCCUACAUCAAGACGGUGGAUGCGGCCCUUAAAGGGAGGAACCUCACGGGCGUUCCCGAGGACUACUACCCCAGAUGA